AUGAAGACCCUUUUCGUUUUCCUUCUUAUUCUUCUUCUAUGUGUUUUCACGAUCAACGCGAAUCAACAAGAAGAGAUCAAUCAAGAGAACCCUUCAACAUCUCAUAAGAUUCUCUACAAAGUCCAACAAUGGAGAACUUCGUUGAAAGAAUCAAGUGCUGCAGAACUCAAGCUAUCUUCAGCAAUCAUUGUAGCUGGAUUCUUAUGUUUCCUAGCUGCCUUAAUCUCGAGCGCAGGUGGAAUUGGCGGUGGAGGUUUGUUCAUUCCAAUCAUGACUAUAGUUGCAGGGCUAGACUUGAAAACAGCUUCAAGCUUCUCUGCUUUUAUGGUAACCGGUGGAUCAAUAGCGAAUGUAAUGAACAAUCUCUUUGGUGGCAAAGCAUUGCUUGAUUACGACUUAGCCUUGCUUCUUGAGCCGUGUAUGCUUCUAGGAGUGAGUAUUGGUGUUAUCUGCAACAGAGUUUUGCCAGAGUGGCUCAUCACUGUUCUUUUCGCUGUGUUCCUCGCUUGGUCUAGCUUGAAGACUUGUAGAAAUGGAGUCAAGUUUUGGAAAAUCGAGUCUGAGAUUGCGAGAGGGAAAGUACAUGAGAGGCCAGAGAAAGGCAGAGGGGAAACAGAGGAGGAUACUAAGAGCCUUAAAGCACCUCUCCUUGAAGCUCAAGACAAUAGACACAAAUCAAAGCUUCCAUGGACGAAACUUGGAGUCUUGAUUGUUGUUUGGGCGUCUUUCUUUGUCAUUUAUCUUCUCCGCGGGAAUAAAGAUGGCAAGGGAAUCAUAUCGAUAAAGCCUUGUGGUGUGGAAUAUUGGAUUCUACUCUCACUUCAAAUACCUCUUGCUUUGGUCUUCACAAAGCUAGCUCUCUCAAGAACCGAAAGCCUCCAAGAACGAUCCCCUAGCAAUCAGAAAAAUCAAGAAGGUACAAGAUUGGACCAGUCUACGCGGUUAAUGUUCCCGGUAAUGUCAUUUUUAGCCGGUUUAUUGGGCGGUAUAUUCGGUAUUGGAGGUGGAAUGCUUAUAAGCCCUCUUCUUCUCCAAGCCGGGAUACCACCACAGAUAACAGCAGCAACAACUUCAUUCAUGGUGUUCUUCUCAGCAACGAUGUCAGCAGUUCAAUAUUUGUUACUAGGAAUGCAAAACACAGAAGCAGCUUACUUGUUUUCCUUGAUUUGCUUCUUUGCCUCGCUUCUCGGUCUUGUUUUGGUUCAGAAAGCAGUAGCUCAGUUUGGGAGAGCUUCCAUUAUCGUGUUCUCAGUCGGAACAGUAAUGUCUCUGAGCACAGUCCUUAUGACUAGUUUUGGAGCUCUUGAUGUAUGGACUGAUUAUGUGGCAGGGAAGGACAUGGGUUUCAAGCUGCCAUGUUAA